AUGGUGGCAAAGUUACGUGUUUCAUUUUAGUUUCUUCACAGACCAAACAGCACCACCGAAGUGAGUAACUACUCUCCAUGGAGGUCUCAGACGACGUCGACGACGAACACGUUAUCCUGCUUUGCACUAACACUGAUCCGAUCGAAACAACGGAAACCCUAAACGACGAGAUUCUCGUGUCCGCCACCGAUGUCCUCGCUUGGGAUCUCCCUACGACUCUCACUUUUCCGACUAUUAAAGUUCAGACACAUCGCAAUAGGCUCAUUGAACGAUCUCUGUAUUUUCGUGGUCUUCUCAGCAGGAGCUUCAGUGAAUCAUGCUUGGGAUCUGUCACCAUCAAUUGGAAUGUGAGGGAAUUUAUGCAAAUUCUUAAGCAUAUGUAUGGCUGCGUAUUGGAUAUUACGCUGGAUAAUUUCCUUCCUCUUUAUGAGGGUGCGCUUUAUUUUGGAGUGGAGACACUUCUCUUGAAGUGUGAGACGUGGCUUUCUGAGUUACUCUCACCCAAAAGGUUUCAAUCUACUCAAAUACAAAUGGAGGACUUGAUCCAAAUUUGGGAAUUUGGCUCUGAUUGUGCUAGUGACUUUAUCCUGCACUUAUGUAUGGGCUAUCUAGCAAGAAAUUUUAUGUGGGCAAAGCAUAGCAAGUCUUUUGGGAAACUUCCAUAUGACCUGCUAUUAUCUUUAGUAAAGCAUCCUCAUUUGACUGUUGACAGUGAGUUGCAUCUUUCUGAUGCACUUCUUCUCUGGCUUGAAAGUAACACUGAAAAUUUGGAGAGGCCAAGCAAAUCCGAAGAGAACUGCUAUGAAGUUUUGAAACAAAUUCGUGUAGGCCUUUUGCCUUUGUGGUUUGCUCUAGGAAAAAGAAACUCUUUCUAUUUUAGACAGCUGGCUGAGGAAAGCCUUGAUUCAAUUUUCCGACUCCUAAAUAUUGCUCCUAUGGGUUCAAUAGAUACUUUUGAGUAUAGCGACUUGCAUCAUCUCAGGAUUAGGCUGACAGAAUAUUCAAAGAAAGUGGACCUUUCUGGUUGCCCGCAAAUAACAUCUACAGUACUUCUUCUGUCACUCAUCCCUCAAUCAUAUUUAACAGAUCCCAUGGAAAAGAAUAUUAUAAAACAGUUCUUUAUUAAUUGUGGACAUCCUAUAAGAGAUAAAUCUGUGUUCCCACUAGAACUGUCAGAAACCUUUACCUUUGAAGCAGUUCAGGAGGUGGAUAUCUCUAAGUGUCGAAAUUUGAUUAUUGAGCAUGCUGUUGAUUGCUUCUGCAAGUUCUUUCCUUCUUUAAGAAUAUUGAAAGCAGCACAUCUUUUGAACAUUGGGACAAUCAGUUUCCUUCAAUUAUUGGAGAAAUGUACAAUGGUCUGCGAAAUUGACUUAACUGUUGAUAUUACCCCACUGAUACCAGCAGUUACUGUUGCAUCUUCUAGUCGUGCUAUGAUACCACUGGUACCAGAGAAGAGCUCUAGUGUUAACCAUAUAGCAGUGCAAAUCAUGCCAUAUAAUGAAUUUGGACCUCCUCUUUCUAAUGUUACAAAACUCACAUUUGAAGGAAGAACUGAUGUCAGUGAUUUGGGUCUCCAGUACAUCUCCAAAUUAUGUGUUUCAUUGCGUCACCUGAAUAUUAAAGGAUGCAUUUCUGUCACUGAUAUUGGCAUAUCAGAUCUCAUAUCCACGUGUAAAAAACUUAAUUCAAUUGUGGUUUGUGAUACUUCAUUUGGGAUCUAUUCAGUUCAAGCUCUUUGCUCAGCUAUUUCUGGUAGUGGCAACUUCCCCUCUCUACAUUCUAGAGAUAAGCGUUUGAAAUCUGUGGUGUCUAAUUUUGAAACGCUGCAUAUGGGUGGCUGCAGGGGUAUUAGUGAGUCAUCUCUACUAGAGCUUAUGUCUCAAGCACAAGUUUUGAAGAGUUUAUGCCUGAGAUGGACUGACCUGGUUGACCAGGCACUGUACAAUUUUGUAGGUUCUUCCUUGGAGAUGCUUGAUGUUUCUGAUACCAAGAUUUCUGGAGCUGCAUUAGCUCAUAUUAUUCAUGGAAAUCCAAGUUUAAAGUGUCUGAGAGCAAGAGGCUGUCAAAAUUUGUUUCCAGGAAACAAUUGUAUAGAAAAGAGAAAAUCUAGCUUUCCCUCUUUGCAUGAAAAACUGCAUGCUGAGUUAGGAAAAAUGUGUAGAUUGGAAGAAAUUGAAUUUGGAUGGGGAUUUUCUUCCUUCUCUUUGAGUGCUCUGGAACCUUUACUGAUGUCAUUAAAGACCAUCAAUAUAAGUUUAGGUGGAACGCUUGGUGAAGAUGCUUUGAAACAAUUACCUGCAAUCUGUCCCUUGCUAGAAACAAUAAUCCUUCAUUUUCAGGUAAUAUCUGAUAUGAUUGUGAUGAACUUUGUCACAUCCUUGAAAUACUUGCAAGUAUUAGCUCUGUGCUAUUGUUUUGGUGAUAUAUCCAUGUCAAGCUUCAAAUUCCCUAUGCAAAAUCUAAGAAAGUUGAGGCUUGAAAGAAUAACCCCAUGGAUGACAAAUGAUGACUUGGUGGUUCUAGCUCAAAACUGCAGAAAUUUGUUAGAGCUUUCAUUGCUAGGGUGUCCUCUUCUCGACCCAGAUUCUCUACAGAUAAUUACAUGUGGAUGGCCAGGCUUGGUCUCUAUCCAUUUAGAGGACUGUGGAGAAGUAACGGCUAAUGGGGCUUCUGCUCUUCUUGACUGCAAAGCUCUUGAAGAUAUCCUGCUGCGUCAUAAUGGCCCUGGGCUACCCAGAAACUUCAUUUGUUAUGCUGCUUCAGAGAUGCGAUUGCUUCGAAAAUUGUCACUGGAUAUAUGCGAUGCAAGUGAAGGUGAUUUUGACAUUCCAAAUCAGUAUGCAGACAAAUACUUUUUGAGUACCUUGAAGAUAGCUAGAUGCAAAUCUCAAAGAUGUGCUUUUAAUCUCCCAGCCCCUGCCCCAGGGGUUCAUAGAAGAUCUGUGCAUGUUGAAACUCUGGUGCUUGUGUGGAACAGCAGAGAUCUCAUCAGAACAGUGGUGAAGGAAAGGCUUUAGUAAAUGUAUGUCUGAGCAUUCAUCAUCCUUCUCACAUGUUGAUGAGUUAGUUUUACAAGUGAUUUGGUGGCAGUAAGUAAAACGCUUAGUGAUUAAGAUGAUCAUUUGUUUGUUAAGUAGUAAACAUCUGACAAAACGAUGUCAAGUUGAUUGAGAAUCCAGCCGUUGCACUUUGAUAACAGUCCUUGUUUAUGUUGUUCACGCUUUUUUCUUCUUUA